AUGAUUAAAUUAAUAAUUACAAAUAAAGUAACUUUAAAAAAAACAUCAACCAAGCAAUGGUGCACUUUUUCUCGCCUCUGGUGGCUGUAUGAUUUAAAAUGGCAGUGCCCCUUCAAGUCGGCCAAGGUCAUCGUGCGACAUCUAGAAGGCAAACACAAACCUAUAUAUCACCCUUUAAGUGACAUCGGGGACCAUGUUGUAGUAAUUAAUACUCAACACAUGGCAAUGGAGGGUGAACUCUGGCGAACAUUUAAGUUAUUUCAUCAUACUGGGUACCCUGGCGGUUUUUCGGCAACAAGGGCUUACAAAGUCCACAAUGAAGACCCUACAAAGUUAAUAAGAAAAAUAAUAUACAGCAAUAUUAAAGGGACUCUACUAAGAAGGCCUAUGAUGGAGAAAUUGUACUUAUACAAAGAUGAGAAUAUUCCAGAUGAAAUUUUGAAAAAUAUAACCGGCCAAAUACCUCAAAUUAUGCAAGUUCCUAAGAAGUUGAAAGAUUUUUCAGAAGAAGAGAGGAGAUCAUUCCCAAAACUCUUUGAUUGGUUAACAUUAUUUAGUUUAUUUUUAAUUAUUCUUUUUAAAUAUUAA